AAUGCAACCGGGCAGCCACUGGACUGCGUGCAGCAGCACCUGCCACCGCCGCGUUGCGUUUGGAUCCACUAUUUUCCGGCGCCGACUCUCCGUGAGCGCAUCGAUGGAUUCGAAGUUUCGCGAUCCCAUCAUCAAUUGCAGGAACCGGAGCAGCCCGCGGCGACAAUAGUGACACUCUUUUCGAGGACUUAGGUCAUAAAUCGGAUAAAAUGGUUUUCAUUCUAGGAGUCAACUUUUCCGAGCAAAAGCUCGUGAAGAAGGCGCUUGAGUCUUUCUUCGCUCUCGGACCGACCACAUCAUCCCGAAUCUUGGCCAAAUACUCCAUCUCCCCCAUGUCCAAAGUCGGCGCUCUGCCACCGAAAACCGUCACGGCUCUUACGGCAGAGUUAUCGACAAUGACGAUAGAAAGCGAUGCGCGGAAGAUUAUACAACAAAACGUCAUGAGACUAAAGGAUAUGGGAAGCUACCGAGGAAGAAGACACGCCAUGAAUCUCCCCGUGAGAGGACAGCGGACGAGGACCCAGAUCGAGUCGGCCAGGAAGCACAACUCUGCGAACAGACGAUGGUAAACUCCCUCUGUGGUGGCUGUCGACUUGGUAUCUGGGAAGCGAAUGGGUUAGAUUUUGAGGUGGUACGCAUUGGAUGACCACCGAAUGUACAAGAUAGACGGGUCUGUGGUAUACCCAAGCAUGUAUGACUAUGAAAAACUAUACCACUUGUACUAUCAAUUGUUGGUUACAAUUCACCCAUCGUGUUAUCUACAGGAAGGAACUACUUUGAGGGGCUUAGAUGAACCCACUGAUACCUAAUCUCCGUGCACCGUCCUACCA